AUGAUGGCCAAGGACAAGGGCCCGGUUGUAGCCGGAGCAGCGGCUCCGUUGCCGGCCACCGUCGACCACGAGUGGUCCGCCGAGGAGGAGCUGCAACUGUUUCACGCGAUGGAGGGCCUGCGCCCGGUCGGAAUCAACAAGCACUUCUAUAUGUCCUGCAUCGCCCAGCGUUUGUCCAAGUCCCUGAACCGCGAGAUGCCCAGCGAGCUGAUCUGGCGCCACCUGGGCACCAUGUACAAGCUAAAAGAACUGGACGAUCUCGAGUCCCUGCCCUUCCCCAACGAGGAGCGCGAGUUCAGCCUCCCGGAGCAGGAUUACGGAACGCUGCAAACCAAAAAGACGGUGGAGGUGAACGCCAGCGAGGAGGCUGGAGAAGCACAGCCAGCAGGAAAUAGUGCUCCAGCCCCUGACAGCAAUGGCAAAGCGCCACCUGCUGCAAAAGCCCCACUUCCGGCAAAUUCUGCUAAAGAUUCCGACAAGAAGGCCGUAUCCAAGCCCCAGGAACUGCCCAAACGUCCGGCCAAGCGCACCCGCGGAUCGAUGUCCAAUGAAUCCAUUAGUCCCUCUACUACUCCGCCGCCGGUGCAGAGCAACAAGCGCCGACGCAUCUAGGUGCUAACCACUCGAAUGGACGAUUGUUAUGAAACGUUUUAGUUCACUAGCUUUACUGUACAUUAAUAAAAGGAUUUAUUCUUCGAA